GGACGCCGGGUUCGCGCUCUUCGACAGCUUUACCAGCAACCAGCAGCUGAAGAAGAACCUCUCGACGGCGGCACUGAGGGGCAUCACCAUCGACGGUGGCGCCGCCGGACGGACGCCGCUCAAGUCGCGCUCCACCUCCAGCUCGCUAGAUGGCGGGCGCGGCACACCGGGCGCCGUCACCUCGCCCAGCUCCGGACUGAACAGCUCCCUGGCGGCCACGCCGUCUCCCAUGUCUCGGCUGCAGUCGGGCCAGGCGGCCAGCAUGCUGCAGAAGCUUAUAGCAGAGAGCAGCGCCGUGCCGGUGGCGUUCAGCGAAGACGCGGCCGGCGGCGAGCUGAACGAGCAGGCGCUGCGGGGCGUCGCCGCCUGCCACGCCACCGACGUGCUGCACAACAACUGGCUGAUAGAGCUGGUCAACUGCCAGGUUCUGCUGAAGGGCAUCGAGACGCGAGGCUACGUCAUCAUCACGUCAUCGAAGAGUCAGAUCCUCCAGCGGGUGCACCGUCCCGUCUGGCGGGACCGCACCCUGGUCAGCAAGACCUCUUGGGUGGGAGGACUGGAUGGGAUGCAGUACUACGCCACGGUCAGCGCCGGCGAGCCGGACCCCGCCUCCGAGAACAUCAUGUGGCUGACGGUGGACAACAUCGAGGAGAAGGCCGACGACCACAUUCGGGAGGUGCCCGACCUCGUCGGCUCAGGCCAGUCGGUGGGCGGCGUGGUGACAGAGACAGUGGGCGGCUGCGCCAGCGCCGACGACGACGCCAGCCUCCAGCUCCAGCGUGUCGUCUCGCGCUGCCGCUGCGAGUUCUUCUACGCCAGCUACGGCGAGGUGUCGGUGGACCCCGACUCUGUGGAGAUGAUCCCGCCGCUGCCGCCGGAGCCGUCCGAGAUCUGGUCCAGUCAGGAGCAGCCCAUCGACGCGCUGACCGUCACCCACCACGACCUCAACGUCUGCACCAACAGCCUGCAGUACGCCAUGGUGCUCGACAUCGUCAAUAACCUGCUGCUGUAUGUGGCGCCGCGCAAGAAGCAGAGUUACGAUCAGCUGCAGCGCAUGAGGUUCCAGAUGCAGCUGUCGAGCAUGGAGGACCAGCGGCGGCCGAUCCAGCAACUGCAGAACCGGAUCCGCUCGAUGAUGUCGGAGAUCCGACAGCUGGAGAAGGCGACGUACCUGCUGCAACGGCAGCGGGACGAGGCGGCCGCCGACCGGACCGCCGCCGCCCGGCUCCAGUCGGAGAUGUCCGACAAGGAGCGGCAAACCCUGGAGAAGAAGGAGCAGCUGACGUCAUCUGCUGAGGAGCUGGCCAUGCGUAUCCACAUCUACAAGGAGACACAGCUUUCCAAGUCGCAGAAACCCACCACCAGGAAGGGCGACGCCCAGGUGGUGGUGAUCCGAACCAACGAGGUGUGCAUUCGCCACGCGCAGUGGCGCCUGACUGAGCCGGACGGGCAGCUGGGCCUGGCCGACCUCGUCAUCAGCGGCUUCCAGUACACCAAGCACACCAAGAACGACGACAGCGUGGAGCACCUGCUGGAGCUGGGCUACAUCAGCAUGUCCAACCUGCUGCCCAACCAGUCCUACCGCGACGUGCUGCAGCCGACCGAGAUCCAGACCAGCAUGCCGGUGGACCGGCAGCGCUCGCUGCGGGUCUACUUCCGAGAGCGGCCGCCAGUGGGCGGCAUCAGCGUCAAGGAGCACCUCGAGAUCAACGUCACCCCCAUCAACAUCGGCAUGACGUACCAGUUCUUCAAGAUCAUGCUGCGCUUCUGCUUCCCCGAGCGGGACACGGAACACCUCGAGGAUGAGACGCCGACCCACCCUCCCAAGGAGAAGCUGUCGAAGAAGGAGAAGAGGAAGCAGAAGAAGGAGAGCAGCUUCUACGUGGCCAUUGAGAAGGACGACGUGGAGAAGAUGAAGGAGCGUGCGCAGAACAACAUGCUGUUUAUUUACAUUAAGGUGCCCGAGGUCACCGUGCGCGUCAGCUACAAGGGCGAGAAGGACAAGAACCUGGAGGACGUGCACAACUUCCUUCUGACCGUGCCGACGCUCGAGUACCACAACGUCACUUGGACCUGGCUCGACCUGCUGCUGGCCAUGAAGAACGACACCAAGCGGGUGCUCCUGUCGCAGGCCAUCAAGCAGAAGCUCCAGAUCGGAGGCCGGACCUCCGGCGCUGAGGAACCGGUGCAGGACGAGGAGGACAAGGCGCGCCUCCUGUUCGGCUCGCUGAUGGCGCCUGGCAGCGAGAAGGAGAAGCCCGCCCGCAAGGGCCUCUUCCACCUGCACAGGAGCUAGCUGGA